UUUAAUAUCAAACGUGGAAAUGUGACUCGAAAUGUUACCAGACACGCUGUCACCCUGCCUCUUUCAAAACGCACGGGGGCGCUGUUUUACGCACAGUCAUCUAAGUUACAUUCGACUUUAAGGUGGACGUUUCCCUCCUUUCCGCGUUAAGUAAUAUGACACCUAGAAGAGUCGGUGAAGAAGGAUGGACCUUUAAAUUGACUGGGAGGACGGAAGGAAGGAACAGUCAUCCAGGGAGCGCAAACGGACAGAGAAGGGGGGAAAGAAGAAGAAAACGCUUGUGUGCAAAAAUCCACUCGUUUUGCUCCGGUCCGUGGAGAUCUCAACUAUUUGCGUCUGUCCACCUUCAACUGCAGCUUGAAUCAAAUGAUCCCAAAGCGUCAAGUUUCACUUUUCAUAGGCGGAUGGGUGACUUUCCACGGCGCUUUGUGAGGAGGAGAUGAUGAAGAAUUUCAGCAGCAGUCCCCUGCACGGCAACAACCAGACUCACAACCACAUCAGAGAGCGAAACAACAGAAAGUACAGCUUACUACUCUCUGUGCUGCCGUGGCGCUUUUCCCUGCGCGGAUACGGCUUCUGCAUGUCCGCCUUGUUCCUCUUCUGCUUCGGUUCCCUGUUUUAUCAGCUGAACGGAGGACCUCCAAAAAUUUUGCUGGACAUCCGGCAGUAUCUCGGAGUAUGUUGGAAAAAUCACUGGUCUUUCAAAACGGCCACCAGCAGGCUUUUUAUCCAUAAGGACAGGGUAGACAGACAUCUGGUGUCGUGCCCACACGGCCACAAAGCGAGAAAAGGUUCAUCUACAUAUCUAAACGACCACGGAUCCAUUCCUCCAAGAGAGCUCCCGUUCCCCAGCCAGGUGGUUUAUAAUCGGGUUGGAAAGUGUGGCAGCAGGACUGUGGUGAUCCUGCUGAGGUUACUGGCAGAAAAACAUCAGUUUAACCUCUUCUCCUCUGAUAUUCACAACAAAACACGCCUCACCAAACAUGAACAGGUGGAUCUCAUGAGGAACAUCAGUAAGAUCCCGCCGCCGUUCCUCUACACACGACACGUCCACUUCCUCAAUUUUAGCAGGUUCCGGAUAGAACAGCCCGUCUACAUCAAUAUAAUCAGAGACCCCAUCAACCGCUUUCUGUCCAAUUAUUUCUUCCGUCGCUUCGGGGACUGGAGGGGGGAGCAGAACCACCUGAUCCGAACACCGGGCAUGAAGGAUGAUGAGAGAUACCUGGAUAUAAAUGUUUGUAUUCUGGAAAAUUACCCAGAAUGCUCUAACCCCAGAGUUUUCUACAUCAUUCCUUAUUUCUGUGGGCAACAUCCUCAGUGCAGGGAACCAGGAGUCUGGGCUUUGGAGCGGGCCAAACAGAAUGUGUUAGAAAACUACCUCAUAGUGGGGAUCCUGGAGGAGCUGGAGGAAGUCCUGCUCAUGUUGGAGAGGCUUCUACCACACUACUUUGCAGGGGUGCUUAACAUUUACAAAAGUCCAGAAUAUAAAAAAAUGGGGAACAUGACAGGGACAGUUCGCAAGCAAACGCCAUCCCUCGAAGCCCUGAAAGUGUUGUACCACCGCAUGCGCUACGAGUACGAGUUUUACAAUUUCAUCCGUGACCAGUUCCAUCUAAUGAAGAAAAAGAUUGGACUCAAAUCGGCGGUCAAGGCCCCGGCAUAUACGCCCGCCUUCCUACGGGAACUGGCCCUUCGGACACCUCAGCCUUUGGAUGAGGAUGAAGAGCUGGACUCAGACCUGGAGGAUGCCAACAGCUGGCUUGUGCAUCCCUAACAUCUGUAUCAUGAACUAUGAAUCUGUCAAAUCAAUGAAAAUCCCCCAAAAAGCUGUUUUCAACUUGUUUUUGGUCCUUUCAUGGUUGUGAAAUCAUAAGAACGAAAAAAAAAAAAGGGUCUGUGACAGAGGAAGAUAAUUCAAGCAGAAAUUGCUUGAGUGAAGCUUUACUUUAAUUUGAGCUUGUUUUAGGGUUCUUUAAAAAGUAUAUUGCUAAUAAAAGAGCUUUAAUCUCCAGGAGAGAUUAGAGUCAAAUGAUGUUUUUGGGAAAUAAUUACAGUGAUUCCCUGGAAAGAUGUUUAUAAUUUAUGAAAGGGCUUGUGUCCAAAAAUCUGGGUGGUGAGUACUAAAGUGCCAAAAGUUUUGUGUCAGUAUUGUCCAUGACGUCUGUAAAGUGCCAAAUUUCACUGAGAGUUCCAAGGACAUCAGAACAGCUUUAUUUAGUUUAAGUUGUUAGAUAUGACUAUAAAUGAGGAUGCACUCAAUUAUGAAUUCAAAGAAUUCCAACUGUGUGUGCAUUACUGAUUAAAUCUGAAAAUACUGUUGGUUCAUUUUUUGUUUUUAGUCAGUUUUUGGGUAUGAGAUAAACAAGGGUUUUGGAUCCUCAUUUUUAAUCCAAAAACGGAUGAAGCUUUCAGAAUCUGUGUGUGAAAUGUUGGAUUGAAAAGUCAUUUUUAUUUUUGCCAGUUUUAUUCAGAAAAAGUGUGUGGGCUUUUACAGAUCCGUUAAUUACCGUCAGCACAGCUAGUCAACCAGAGAAUAUUAACUUUAAGCUAAAAUGUGCAUUUCUGUGUCCCAUCUACCAUUGUUUGUACUUAAUCAUGUGGUGUAUGCAAAUUUAAUUUAUUGUUUGUCUUUUUAACUCAUUGCCUUUUUUAGAUGAAAUUCUCAGGAAGGACAACUAUGCGUAACACCUUGAUCAUGUUUUUUUUUGUUUUUCAUUUUGAAACUGGCUGUAAAAUUGUGCUCUUAAAAGGUGACUAGAAUUGGCUCCAUAUCAACAGUUCAGAACAUGUUUAUUCCACAAAAAAAGAAAGAAAAAGAGAAUUUAACCAUUCAGGAUUAUCAAAAUAAAUGUCCUCUAAUC